AUGAAAAAAACAGAAUUAAAUGAUAAAGCUCAAAAUGCUUUUGGGAGUGUUCGUGGUGUUGUAAAGACAAUGCUUAGAAAUGCAAACGUGAAUGAAGAAAUAAUGAAAACGGCAAGAUUGUUUGCAAACUUGGACAUGACAAUGAAAUCAACAUAUCAGUCUUUAGACAAGUUAAGCGCUGGACUCACACAAUUAGAAGAAAGAAAUUUGCAAAUUGUAGAAACUUUACACUUGAUUCCAAAGAUUAAUUAUGAUUUAAAGAUUGAAGAAAUGAUAAGUGUUCCUCCGUCUAUCAAUAAUGAUGAGGAUUAA